AAAUUGUACGUAAAAAGCCUGCUUUAUACAACCUGAAGUUUUCAAUUAUAGGCUUAAAAAACCAAGAGAAUGAGUUAAAAAAGCGAAUAGAAAAUAUGGGUGGCAAAUGUGAAACCAAAAUAACGGAAAGCACAAUUGCAAUUAUAUCAACUGAAUCAGAAGUCAAAAAGGUAUCUAGUCGGAUGAAAUCUGCACAGUUGCUUGGGAUACAUAUUGUGCCCAUGGAAUAUUUAGAUUUUGUGGAAGCUAACGCAGAAGGAGCUAUUAUUUAUAUAAAUAGCAUGAGUAUCUGCAAUUGGGGAACAGAUCCAACUCUAAGAGUUUCACAAGAUACAACAAAAACCUCAAAGCUUAAAAGUAUAUAUACAAAAUCCGUGCCCAUAUCAAGAGCGUUUAAGGUAAAAGAUGGUCUGGCUGUUGAUCCUGACAGUGGGCUUGAGGACAUCGCCCAUGUUUACGUAGAGAGUAAAGACAAAUACAGUAUUGUGCUCGGUUUGACUGACAUUCAGCAAAAUAAAAAUUCAUUUUACAAGUUGCAGCUUUUGGAAUCAGAUAAAACGGCAAAGUAUUGGAUUUUUCGUUCAUGGGGCCGAAUUGGAACUAGUAUUGGAAGCUCUAAGGUUGAGGAGUUUAACACAAGUGAUUCUGCUAAAAAAAAGUUUAAAGAAAUAUAUGCUGACAAAACUGGAAAUGAAUUCGAACAACGAGACCAAUUUGUUAAAAUUACCGGUCGCAUGUACCCAAUAGAAAUGCAGUAUGAUGAUGACCCAAAGUGGUUAACUCAUAGCGGUCGGUCUGUUGAGUCUAAGUUAGAAAUUUCAUUGCAAAAUUUAAUAAGGCUCAUGUUUGAUGUAGAAUCUAUGAAUAGAACUUUGACAGAGUUUCAAAUUGAUAUGAAUAAAAUGCCGUUGGGGAAGCUUAGUGUAAAUCAGAUUCAAUCCGCUUAUAGUGUUAUAACAGAAAUUUUUAAAUUAAUAGAAUCCGGAACAAGUAAUGCAAAUUUAAUUGAUGCUACUAACAGGUUUUAUACAUUGAUUCCUCAUAACUUUGGAGUUAAAUCUCCAACAUUAAUUGAAACACAUAAACAAAUCGAAGACUUGCGACAAAUGCUUGAUUCAUUAACUGAGAUCGAGGUUGCCUACAGGCUUAUCAAAACCGAAGACGCAACUGAUAAUAUUAAUCCUUUGGAUAAACAUUACAUGCAAUUAAAAACGGAAUUAGUCCCACUAGAUAAAAGUAGUGAAGAAUUCUCAAUUCUAAGCAAGUAUGUAAAAAACACUCAUGCUUCUACCCAUAGCAGCUAUGAUCUUGACGUUGUAGAUGUGUUCAAAGUUGCUCGCCAAGGGGAAGCAAGGCGUUAUAAACCCUUUAAGAAGCUACAUAAUAGAAAAUUGUUGUGGCACGGAUCUCGGCUUACCAAUUUUAUUGGUAUAUUAUCGCAUGGAUUGAAAAUUGCUCCUCCAGAAGCACCUUCAGCUGGCUAUAUGUUUGGCAAAGGCAUUUAUUUUGCAGAUAUGGUGUCGAAAUCAGCAAAUUAUUGUUGCACAAGUCAACAAAACUCAACUGGAUUAAUGCUUCUGUCCGAAGUUGCUUUGGGGGACAUGAUGGAAUGCACUGCAGCAAAAUAUAUUACAAAACUACCAAAGGACAAACACAGUUGCUUUGGUCAUGGUCGCACAAUGCCAGACCCGAAGAUGAGCUAUGUAAGAAAUGAUGGAGUCGAAAUACCGUUGGGGAAAGCAGUCACCAAUGAGAAAUUUCAAUCAUCGUUAUUAUACAAUGAGUACAUAGUGUAUGAUAUUGCUCAAGUUAACUUGCAAUAUUUGUUUAGAAUGGAAUUUAAGUAUAAGUACUAAAAAAGUUUAAGGUAUAUCUUCUAUCGAAACAAAAAAUGUAUCUACUUUUUAUAUUUACAAAUAUAUUGGCGCUGGUUUGUGCUUACAUGAAUUAAAGUAUUUAAAAAUUCAAUCAAAAUAA